GAUCCAAAGUCAGGUGCUGUACCUAAGUGAUAUGUCAACCAGCGGAGGAGUGAGGCCAAUCGGACCAUGGCGGGGGACGGACUUAACGAUGCCGCACGGGACACGAAGACAACGGCCGAGACGAACAGACGAACGAACAACCGAAGAGGGAGAUCGCUUUCCUUCGUCAUCAACUCGCUGCUCUCCUCCAUGUGCUCCGCGGUCAACCUUACUUCAUUUCUUCAAGCUGAACUGGAGCCGCCAUGGAUCCCUUGAAAGUCCUCAUAAUCGGCGGCGGGGUGGCGGGCCCGACGCUCGCCUACUGGCUCUCGCGCAUCGGCGCCAACAUCACCCUCAUCGAGCGCUCCCCGAACAUGAGAGCGACGGGGCAGCAGGUGGACCUGCGCGCGCACGGCGUGCCGAUGAUGCAGAAGAUGGGGAUCGAGGCGGCGGUGCGGGCGGCGAGCGUGCCGGAAGCGGGGACGCAGCUCGUCGACGUGCGCGGCCGGGUCAAGGCGUUCUUCCCGGCGGAGCGGAGCGGGACGGGGAUGCAGAGCUUCACGUCCGAGUACGAGAUCAUGCGCGGCGACCUGGUGCGGAUCCUGUACGGGCUCACGGAGACGCGGCGCAACGUGCGGCACCUGUUCGGCGCCACCGUCGACGCCUUCACGCAGGACGACGAGCGCGACCCCGACGGCAAGGUCCACGUGCGCUUCGCCGACGGCCGCAGCGAGGACUACGACCUCGUCGUCGGCGCCGACGGCGCCGCCUCCAAGACCCGCAAGAUGAUGCUCGGCCCCGGCGCCCCCGACCCGCGCUUCCGCCGCGGCAGCUACAUCGGCUACUUCAGCGUCCCCGCGGCGCCGGGCGACUCCGACCGCGGCACCUUCUGCCACCUGCCCGGGCGCGACGUGUCGCGGGUGGUCGGGACGCGCAAGGACCGCGCCGACCUCACGCGCGUGUACAUGAUCAUGCGGGGGAAGUACCCGCCCCUCGACGCGGCGUACCAGUCCGGCGCGCUGGCGGAGCUGAAGAAGGCGUGGGGCGACCUGUACCAGGACGGCGGGUGGGAGUGCCGGCGGUUCACGGAGGCGCUGCGGCACGCGCCCGAGGCCGACGACCUGUACUGCACGCCGUUCGAGGAGGUGCGGCUGCCGCAGGGCGGCUGGUCGCGCGGCCGCGUCGUGCUGCUCGGCGACUCGGCGUACUGCCAGACCGCCGGCGGCUUCGGCUGCACGUGGAGCCUGGUCGGCGCGUACGUGCUGGCGGGCGAGAUCGCGACGCUGCGCGCGCGAGCGGGCGUGUCGCGCUCCGAGGCCGUCAUCCAGGGCGCCAAGAACUACGAGGAGCGGUUCCGGCCCCUGGCUACCGCCGGCCACGGCGGCGCCCAGAUCUUCGACUACCUCUUCCUCCCCCGCUCCCCCCUCGGCAUCGGCCUGCUGCACGCCUGCGCCAGCGCCGCCGCCUACUUCCGCCUCGACCGCAAGGCCUCCAUGGAGACCAGGGUGGCGAGCCUGAAGCUCCCAGACUAUCCCGAGUUAGAGGGCGAAUAAGAUAUCGAGAAUGGCUACUGGCUUAGGGUAUGAGAACACAGCUUGGGAGGGCGUAAAGGGGCGGCUUGUACUUGGGCAUGUAAUUUUACAUUAUCUUCACUUGUAAUCCCUACUCACUCGUCGCUGCCAGAGGUAUUCUGUUCCGCGAGUUGCCCCUGAGCUUAUAGGAUGUGCCAGGUCGCCAAACGACUGCUUCUGAGCUCUUGACAUCACCAUCUCGCUUGUGAGCCACAUCAUACGAUUUUACGGCAGGCAUGAUAUCAGACAGGAUAAUAAUUACUUUUUCUCAGCAUUCAGGCUGGAUGAUAGCGGCGCCCGCGGUCUUUUAGAUUGUCUUUCCUUUCCCCUUUUAGCCCUGCUUAUAAGGUCUUCUUUAUGGGGGAGGGGAAUGAGUGGUCGGGGGGCCCUAGGCCGUCGUUAAUAUACGUAUAUAGUGUAGGCUGCGCUGUAGUCAGCGUCUUUCUAGGUAGCAGUUAUUAUGAGAAGUUUACCAUCUG